AUGAGUUCCUCAGGAAACCACUUCAUCGGCGUUGACGUGGGCACUGGCUCUGCGAGAGCCUGCAUCAUUGACUCCUCCGGAGAGAUCAAGGGUCUAGCUGCUGAGAACAUCAAGCUAUGGCAACCCAUCUCUGGCCAUGAGGGCUCCCACUAUAGGACUGACGCACAGGGAUGUCUGCCUGCACAGGAGCAAUCGACAACCGAUAUCUGGAACUGCAUCUGCAUCUGCGUCAAGCGCGCACUAGAGGAGUCCAAGGUCGACCCGGCCUCUGUCAAGGGCAUCGGCUUUGACGCCACAUGCUCCCUCGCUGUUUUCGCCCACGACACCAACGAGCCCGUCCCGGUAACAGGGCCGAAAUUCCAGAACGAUGGCAACGACCGCAAUGUGAUCCUCUGGCUGGACCACCGACCGCUCGACGAGACCGUCAAGAUCAACAACACAAAACACAACCUGCUGCGCUACGUCGGCGGCAAGAUGAGCGUGGAGAUGGAGAUCCCCAAGGUCCUGUGGCUCAAGAAGCACAUGCCCCCCGAGCUCUUCGACCGCUGCAAGUUCUACGACCUGGCGGACGCGCUGACGCACCUGGCCACGGGCUUCGAGACCCGCAGCUUCUGCAGCACUGUCUGCAAGCAAGGCUACGUCCCCGUCGGCGUCGACGGUAGCGUCAAGGGUUGGCAAGAGGAUUUCUACCAUUCCAUUGGCCUAGGCGACCUGGUCAAGGACAACUUCAAGAGGAUGGGAGGAGUCAACGGGGUGAACGGGCAGUACUUGAGCGCGGGUGAGCUGAUCGGCCCCCUGUCAGAGAAGGCAGGCGAGCAGCUCGGCUUACCUGCGGGCAUCGCUGUCGGCAGCGGUGUCAUCGACGCAUACGCUGGCUGGAUCGGCACUGUUGGUGCCAAGGUCAAGCUCAGCGCCGACCACCUCGACGAUUCUGCCGCCCCGAACGACGUCUCCCAGGCCUUCACUCGUCUGGCCUCGGUCGCCGGAACGUCCACUUGCCACUUGGCCAUGUCCAAGGAUGCCGUCUUCGUCGAAGGCGUCUGGGGACCAUACCGGGACGUUCUGCUUCCGGACCACUGGAUGGCCGAGGGUGGCCAGUCCGCCACUGGCGAGUUGCUCAAGCACAUGCUUGAGACACAUUCGGCAUACCAGGAGACGGCCAAGGAGGCGAAAGAGGCCGGAAAGAACAUCUACGACUUCCUCAACGAGCACUUGGAGCAGAUGGCCAAGGAUGAAGGCGCCCCCUCGGUCUCAUACCUGGUCCGCCACUUCUUCUUCUACGGCGACCUCUGGGGCAACCGGUCGCCCAUCGCGGACCCCAACAUGCGCGGCGCCAUCAUCGGCCUGAGCAGCGACAAGACCAAGGACGGCCUGGCGCUGCUCUACUACUCGACGAUGGAGUUCAUCGGCCUGCAGACGCGGCAGAUCGUCGAGACGAUGAACGCGGCCGGCCACAACAUCCUCAGCAUCUUCAUGUCGGGCAGCCAGUGCCAGAACCCGAUCCUGAUGGACAUCAUCGCGACGGCGUGCGGCAUGCCCGUGCUGAUCCCGCGCUACGUCAACGCGGCGGUCGUGCACGGCGCCGCCAUGCUGGGCGCCAAGGCCGCGAGCGCGGACAGGGACGGCAACACGGAGCCGCUGUGGGACAUCAUGGACCGCAUGAGCAAGCCCGGCCGCGUGGUGCGGCCGCGGGAGCACGCCGAGGAGAAGAGGCUGCUGGACGCCAAGUACGAGGUGUUCCUGGAGCAGUGCCGCACGCAGCAGGAGUACCGCAAGAAGAUUGACGAGGCGGUCGGCAGCUGGGGCAAGAAAGAGUAG